AUGGGCUCAUCAUCGGACGUCCAGCAAAACCCUCCCGCCGAGGUGCAGGACGGGGGGCGCCAUGUCGACAGCACCAUGGCGAAGAAGAUUGUUCGAAAGAUUGACUUCAACAUCAUCCCGCUGCUUUUUAUCACGUACAUGCUCAACUUCAUGGACAAGACGAUCUUGUCCAGCGCGUCCGUGUUUGGUCUCAGAGAUGAUACCAACCUCAAGGGCCAGGACUACAGCUGGGUGUCGAGCAUCUUCUACUUUGGCUACUUCGCCUGGACGUACCCUACGUCCAUCUUCAUUGCACGGCUGCCCGUCGCCAAGUACAUGACCGCUAACACCUUCUUCUGGGGCGCCGUCGUCGCGCUCACGGCUGCAUGCACCAACUACGGCGGCCUGAUCACCGUGCGGUUCCUCCUCGGCGUCGCCGAGGCCACAAUCACCCCGGCCUUCAUGUUCCUCACGUCGACGUGGUACACCCGCGACGAGAUCCCGACCCGCACCGGCAUCUGGUUCGCCGGGAACAGUGUCGGCGGCCUCGUUGCAUCCUUUGUUGCCUUUGGCUUUGGCCACAUCUCCAACGACGACAAGGUCGGCCCAUGGCGGUGGAUGUACAUCAUCCUCGGUGUCCUGACUUUUGCGUGGGCCUUUGUCCUCUGGAUCUGGCUGCCCGACACCAUCUCCAAGGCGCGGUUCCUUACUGCCGACGAGCGCCGGUACGCGGCCGACCGUGUCGUCAUUGCCGGCACCGGCUCGACGGAGAAGACGCACUGGAAAUGGGACCAGGUAAAGGAGUGCUUGAUCGACCCCAAGACGUGGUUCAUCUUCGGCCUCGAGAUCAUCACGCAGAUCCCCAACGGCGGCACCCAGAACUUUGCCAACCUCGUCAUCAAAUCCUUCGGCUUCACGAGUCUGCAGUCGACCCUCAUCAACAUCCCUUACUCGCUCCUCACGGCCGGCAUCAUCGCGGGAACCGGCUGGGUCGCUGGCCGCUUCCGCAAGAUGAACUGCAUUCUCAUGAUCCUUGUUGUUCUCCCGUGCAUCACAGGCUCGGCCAUCAUUUACUCCCGCGAGAACGUAAGCAGCGGCGUCCAGCUAUUCGGCUAUUUCCUGCUCGCUCCCGGGCCGGCCGCGAUGCCCCUCGCCUUGUCGCUCGUGCAGGCCAACUACCGCGGCGUGACCAAGAAGAUGACCAUGUCGGCGCUGCUGUUCCUGGCCUACUGCGCCGGCAACAUCGCCGGUCCCCAGUUCUUCAAGGCUGCCGAGGAGCCGCACUACAACACCGCCUUCCGGACCAUCAUGAUCUGCUACUCGCUGGUCGUGGUCCUCGCGCUUGGCUUGAGGUUCUACCUGCAAUGGAUGAACACCAAGCGCACAAGAGAGGAGGGAUAUGAAGGUAGCGCUGGAGGCGCCGGUGCUGUUGGCGGUGGUAAGGUGAUGCAAGCAAAUGGAAACGCGAAUGAUGUCGCGAAUAUGGUUGACCAGGUAGAGCUGCGGCCCGAGGAUUAUGAGGAUGUGACUGACUGGAAGACCGCCGGCUUCAGGUAUCGCCUGUGA